AUGCCCGACAACUUCGCGUUCUGGCUCAGAAGUCGUCCUGCACUCGGUCUGACGGUAAAGUUCCCUCCAGAAGGAUGGACGAUUACCUUCCAGUCCGUAAUGGUCGAUACGUUGUUCUACUUCCGAUACAUGAGAGUUGGUCGCAGGGUCAGUGGUGUCGUUCUGCACUACAGACAGACCUUGACUUCCACUUGGCACCUGGUGUACGGUGGACUACUGACCUAUACCAUGGAACUGCUUGUCGACAUUGUGACGCCCACCGUAGCAGCCAUCGUGCCUACGGACGAGCACUUCUACGUCUUUGCGCCUCGUGUAUACAAGUCCGCCGUAGGUGGCGCGUUGGUUGCUCCGCACAGGUGCGCUAUCCCCAAUCGAGGGCCCAAACAACAACACCCACCACUCGCCACUGGCUUGACGAAGCUGUCAAACCCACUGAACAAACAUGUCCUAAUGCAUUGA